UUUUCCCCUUGGAACCCAAUCAAACCCCAAUCCCAAAACUUCUCCCCUUCGCCUUUCAAGAGCUUCUCGGCUCGCCCAUGAGCAGACAUGGCGUGGCGCUUCCUUUGGUUUCAGUUGCUAAGAAAAGCCCCUUCGCCUCUUCUUCUGCUUUCCUCUCGUUCAAAUCUUUCCUCACCUCCGCUCUUUUCUCCAAGGUCUAUAUACUCUUGUCACUUCAUUGCCUUCGCUUUCGUUUGAUGCCGUCUUCAUCACUAAUCUCUCUCUCUCUGUCUAGGAACGUUCUUCUCUCCUAUCUCAACAGCGCCAAUUCCUUCGAUUCAUGCAAUUGCUCGAUUUUCGCGAGGGUUUUGAGCUCCGGGUCGGUGAAUCUCGUGCUAUCUGAUGGAAAGCCGAAGUUCGAAAUCCACGAAAUGGACCCGCUGAAGAAGGAGAAGUGGAAGAGUAAGAAACGGCUGAAGAUGCAGAGGAAGAGAGAGAAGAGAAAGAGGAAGGAAGCAAACAAGAGGGACCCGCGUCGUAUUGGACCAAAGCGGAAGAAGAAGCAGAAGUUCCCCAAUGCUGAAGCCCGGAUCAAGUACAAGAUUGAGAAGGCCAAAGUAAAGGAAGCGUUUUUGAUAGAAAAGCUUAAGAAGUAUGAAGUUCCCCAAGUUCAAGGUCCUUGCCCAGAUGAAGAUAACUUAACAGGAGAGGAAAGAUUCUACAUGAAAAAGAUGGCACAAAAAAGUUCUAAUUAUGUGCCAAUUGGAAGGAGAGGCGUAUUUGGAGGAGUAAUUCUUAACAUGCAUUUGCAUUGGAAAAAACAUGAAACAGUUAAAGUUCUUUGCAAACCCUGCAAGCCAGGUCAGGUUCAUGAAUAUGUUAAAGAGUUAGCUAGGCUGAGUGGUGGAGUUCCUAUUGAAAUUAUUGGAAAUGAUACGAUAAUAUUUUAUCGAGGGAAGAACUAUGUGCAGCCAGAAGUUAUGUCCCCCAUUGAUACGUUAUCUAAGAAAAGAGCACUUGAAAAAUCAAAGUAUGAGCAAUCACUGGAAACUGUGAGGAGAUUUAUUUCAAUAGCUGAGAAGGAACUAGAGCUUUACUACAGACAUAUUGCACUUUACGGUGACCCAAAUACACGAAAUGCAGAUUUUGUAUACGGUAGUGACAGAAAGAAUCCCCCAAAAUUAAAAAAAAUAGGUUCAGGAUUGGUUGCAGAUGAAAAUGCUCCUCAUUGUAGCAAAACUUUAUCAGAAGAUUCUCUAGAUGAAAUUACUUCAAACGAUGAAAAUAUUAGUGCGGAUGAGGCUGAUUCUGAUGACCAUUACCUCGCCGGAACUGGAGCAGAUUCUGAUGAUGAAAAUGUCACAGGAACUGAAACUGAUUCUGAUCAUGAGAGUCCAUCCCGGAUUGAAGUUCAUUCUGAUGAUGAUCUUGAAGAAAUUAGGGUUGGUUUUGAUGAUGGAUUAUCAGAUAAUUUCUCAGAUACAAUCCAUCAAGCUUGAGAAUUACUCUAAUAAACUUUAUCGUUUGGCAGGGAUUCAAAGAUAAUUUGAAUUUCUUUUUUUGAACAAAAUUCCUUAUCAUCCUUUUUACUCACAUCUUAUCUGCUUUUCAUUGGUGCCUAUGAAAGUUAAGUGCAACAAAGAGAGCCAAGGCAAAUUCAUUUUUUAUAGUUCCAUCAUCCUCCAUUCUUUAUUUUUGUUCCUUUUCUUCCUCUUUUGAUUUAAUGGAUUCUAAUCUCAUGAAGGUGAUUCAUGUUCUGCUGUAGAAAAAAUGCAUAAAGAAAAUUACAAUCAUAUCCUAUUUUAUGCAAAAGGAACUGGAAUGCAUGUAGUAGAGGUUUUUGCGUCUAAUGAGGAAAGGUGUGGGGUUUCAAAGAUGCUGAACAGAGCAAGCUGAACUCAAAGCUGUCACCGGUGCUGCAACUUGCUACGUGCUACAAAGGGUCAAGAUUCUCAUGUUGCAAGGGAGGAAUAUAAACUGCAGAUUAUAAUUUUUUCUUUCUAUCUGCAACAUAUUUUUGGCAUAUCUAUCAGUGUAUGUUUCAUUCCUCAGACAAUGAACAGAAUAAGCAAAAUUUUUUCUUUAGCAUUUUUGGCCCUUCUGGUGUGAUGCCCUGGAGAAUUAAGUGUAUGUUGUUAUCACAUAACAUUUGCUAUUGAAGUUUCACUUGUUCUUAAAUUUCACUAAUUAUUAACAUUCGGUUCAGAAUUA